AUGUCCUCUGAACCUGGCGCAAAGGAAGAUCGUGCACAAAAAGAGGAGCUGAACAAGAAGAUAAAAGAGCAAAAGAUUGUCGUUGAUGAGUUGAGCAAUUUGAAGAAAAACAGGAGAGUUUACACCCUGCAGCCCAACAGCAAUAUAUUCUUCCUGGCAGACAAAGGAGAGACCCUUAGCACUUGUAAAGAGGAUCUGGAUAAUAUGAGAAAAGAAUAUCGAGAUAUAUAGUGCCUUGAGAUCAUGUGUGGUAUCUGCUGCGUGGUCAGUUUGACCACAGCGCAUAAUCCCCUGGACAAGCAUGUCCAUGAAAAUCUCAAGCACAGAGG